AUGUCGAUCAACUAUUUUUCCCACGAAGAAGUUGCAAAGCAUAAUAACAGUGAGAGUGUAUGGAUAAUUAUAAAAAGUUAUGUUUAUGACGUCACGGAUUACUUGAAUGAGCAUCCCGGGGGUGCUGAUUUGAUCAAAGAAUGCGCCGGCAAGGAUGCAACAAGUGAUUUUAAUAAUUUCGGACACUCUAGUGAUGCCAACAAUCUCAUGAAAUUAUAUAAAAUUGGCAAAAUUAAGGUCGGUAUUGCUUACUUUAUUUUUUAA